CGUUUUUUCUUGCAAAUGCAGACACUUGGUGGGAAUUGAAGUAUGCCGAACAGUUGGCCGGUGUGAACGCAUUGAAAAUACGUUGCGUGUCAUUUGACGUCCCGUCGUAUCGUUCGCCAGUGGAAAAGAGGAACUUUUUUUCUCCUCCAUUUGAAAACCGGGACGUUAUCAGCACUAUACUGUCUGAUUCCAAUCAAUGCAAGUCAUCAGAAUCAGGUGACGAGGACUGGGCCUAAGAGACGCUUUCAAGAUGCUGCCCAAAGACCUGAAGCAGAUCCGAGUACUAAUACUGAAUGACAAAGAUGAUUUGUCCCGGACCCUGUUCAGACUUGAUCAAGGUUUUGAGCUCCAGUUCCGUCUCGGUCCGAGUCUCCAAGGACGGAAAGUUACGGUGAAAACCAACUACCCACCAGAAGGAAAGCGGUUUGAACGGAACACUUUCCGUGUUUUGUCCUGGAACGUGUCGUCAGGACGGGAGGAUGAUUCUGAUAAGUUCUGCUCUCUGGAUGUCAAAGUGGCCGGUUCUUAUCAGUACUACUUUGGGUUUGGUGACGCAGAAAAGUCGGGAGGAGGCUACAUCGUGAUCAACCCUCUCCUUCACGUGGGACCAGACAACCAUGUCCUUCCUUUGGACUGCGUCACCAUUCAGACAUAUUUGUCCAAGUGUUUGGGGGACUUGGACGACUGGCCAGCCAGACUGAGAGUUGCAAAGGAAUCAGGGUACAACAUGAUCCACUUCACACCAUUGCAGACUCUUGGAGCCUCCAGGUCAUGCUACUCGCUAGCGGACCAGCUCGCCUUCAGCCCUGAGUUCAGCACAAAGGGUCAAAAUUAUAGCUGGGCAGAUGUGGGAGGCCUUGUGGAAAAGCUGAGGAGGGAAUGGAAUAUGCUGUGUAUCACUGACGUGGUGUACAACCAUACAGCUGCAAAUAGCCAGUGGAUCAGAGAGCAUCCAGAAUGUGGCUACAACCUGGUCAACUCCCCCCACCUGCGCCCGGCCUGGGUCUUGGACCGGGCCAUCUGGCAUUUAACCACGGGGAUAGUGGAGGGAAAGUACAGCAGCCUUUCUGUCGAUGUCACCAAUGAAAGCCAUCUGAAUGCCAUACGGAGUUUGCUGUGGAAUGAUGUGUAUCCUCAGAUCAAACUUUGGGAGUUCUACCAGGUCCAAGUGGACAGUUCUGUGGACCAGUUCAGAACUCUCCUACAGAAUGGUGUGAAACCGGAUAAUAAGACCGGGGAGAGAAAAGGUCUUCACAUCGUCCAGGACAUUCUUUACCGACGUUACGGCAGCACAGUCCACAUGGAUUCCGCCCUGGAAACAUUUGUGCCUCGCAGCUCCUCCCCUCAGGACAUAGAGGAGUGCUGCGGUUUGUUUCGAGAGAAACUGCAGCAGCUCAACGAGGAACAGCAGCACAUUGUGCAUCAGCAUCUUGAGCAGGCGGCCAACUGCAUUGUGGGAAAUAUCACGUAUGAGCGUCUUGCUGAACACGGACCCAAAUUAGGCCCAAUUAGCAAGAGGGACCCCCUCGUUACCAGGUAUUUCACCUUUCCAUACCAGGACAUGACUUUGGAAGAGGAAAUGCUGCUGCUUGACCAACCAGAGAAGACGUGUAACUUCCUGGCUCACAACGGCUGGGUGAUGGGGGAUGAUCCACUGCGGAAUUUCGCUGAGCCAGGGUCGAACGUCUACGUCCGUCGGGAGUUGAUAUGCUGGGGCGACAGUGUCAAACUUCGCUACGGCAAGGGACCGGAGGAUUGCCCUUUCCUGUGGGCUCACAUGAGGAAAUACACUGAAAUAACGGCCAAACACUUUCAUGGAGUCAGGCUGGAUAACUGCCACUCGACACCGUUGCAUGUAGCAGAGGCCAUGCUUGAUGCAGCCAGACUGGUCAGACCCAAUUUGUACUUGAUCGCUGAACUGUUUACAGGCAGCGAGCUCAUUGACAAUGUGUUUGUGAAUCGGCUGGGAAUUAGCAGCCUUAUAAGAGAGGCCAUGUCAGCUGGUGACAGCCAUGAGGAAGGACGAUUGGUCUAUCGUUACGGUGGAGAACCGGUCGGAGCUUUUGUCCAGCCCAGUCUCCGUCCGCUGAUGCCCUGCAUUGCCCAUGCCAUGUUCCUUGAUGUCACUCAUGACAACGAGUGUCCCAUACAGCUGCGUUCCCCACUGGACUCGCUGCCCAGUUCUGCAAUCGUCUCCAUGGCCUGCUGUGCGACCGGCUCUACUCGAGGAUAUGAUGAAUUAGUGCCGCAUCAGAUUUCUGUUGUGAAGGAGGAGCGUUUUUACCCCAAGUGGAACCCUUCGGCUUCCCCUGCCUCGGCCGGCGAGGUUGGACCUCAGUCUGGCAUCAUUGCAGGGAAACGGGCUCUCAAUAAAUUGCACCAGGAACUGGCUGCCCAGGGCUUCAUACAGGUCUAUGUAGACCAGGUUGAUGCAGAUAUUGUUGCAAUUACUCGUCACUGUCCCAGCACCCAUCAGUCCGUCGUGACAGUUUGUAGGACAGCUUUCAAGAACCCGAAAACACACCAAUACAGCGCUGAUGUACCGCCAAUGUUUAUUCCUGGGACAAUUGAGGAGGUGGUUUUGGAGGCAAGGACAGUGGACAGACAUGGUGGGAGCUAUGAGAAGGACGACAACUACAUCAACGGCAUGCCAGAAUACACCGUCCAGAUCAAAGAGCACAUCACAUUACAGGAGAGCACAGUGGUGAAACAAGCUGAGGUGACAUCUAAAGGUCGAUCGGAGUUUGUACAGGAAAUCACCUUUCAGAAAUUGACGCCAGGAAGUGUUAUUGCCUUCAGAGUUAGUCUGGACCCCAAAGCCCAGAAAUUGGUUGGGGCAAUCCGAUACAUUCUGUCCCAAUUCAGCCUGAAGUACAGAAAAGGAAGUAUAGCCGAUGAAAACCCACCAGAGGUCCUGAAGAUGCCUCUGGCACAGUUGAUGUCCAAGCUGUCGCUGGCAGACAUGAAUGUCCUGCUCUUCCGUUGCGACGCAGAGGAACAAGAGGAUGGCGGAGGCUGUUACGACAUCCCAGGAUGGAUGGCGUUCAAAUACGCAGGUCUCCAAGGACUGAUGUCUGUGCUCGCUGAUAUCCGUGCUAACAAUGACCUGGGCCAUCCUGUUUGUGCAAACCUGAGACAGGGGGACUGGAUGAUCGACUAUGUCUCCAACAGACUCACACGGCGGGAAGGACCUCUGGCACAGGUCGGCCAGUGGCUGGCUGCCAUGUUUGCUUACCUGAAACACAUCCCACGCUAUCUCAUUCCCUCCUACUUUGACGCCAUCCUCGUAUCCACCUUCACCACCGCCCUGGAUGCAACCUACAAACUCAUGCCAAGUUUCAUUCAGAGCGGCUCCAGCUUUGUGCGACACCUGGGUCUGGGCUCCCUUCAGAUGUGCGGGGUCGGACGCUUCCCCGCACUCCCCCCUCUUUCGGUGGACAUCGAGAAUGUUCCGUAUCGCGUCAACCCGAUCACAGGCCAGAAGGAGCAAUGCUGUGUCACCCUGGCUGCAGGUCUCCCUCAUUUCUCCACGGGAAUCUUCCGCUGCUGGGGCAGAGACACUUUCAUUUCUCUCCGAGGACUGAUGCUGCUCACUGGGAGAGACACGGAAGCCCGGAACAUCAUUUUGGCCUUCGCAGGGACGUUACGUCACGGUUUGAUUCCAAACCUUUUAGGCGAAGGCCGCUGUGCCAGAUACAACUGCCGUGAUGCUGUGUGGUGGUGGCUGCAGUGCCUCCAGGAUUACGUGAACCACGUUCCCGAAGGACAACGCAUUCUCCAGUGUCCAGUCACGCGCAUGUACCCGACUGACGACAGCGAGCCCUGUAAACCGGGAGAAGUGGAGCAGCCUCUGUAUGAUGUGGUUCAAGAGAUUCUGCAGCGCCACCUCGAAGGGAUUUCUUUCAGAGAGCGAAACGCUGGCCCCAAGAUAGAUAUGAACAUGAGAGAUGAAGGCUUCAAUGUGGCUAUCAACGUGGAUCCAGAAACAGGCUUUGUCCACGGAGGAAACCGCUUUAACUGUGGCACGUGGAUGGACAAGAUGGGGGAGAGUGACCGAGCAAGAAACAAAGGCAUACCUGCCUCUCCCAGAGACGGAGCAGCUGUGGAGAUAAUCGGUCUGAGCAAGUCAACCGUCCGCUGGAUUGUGGAGCUUGGUGCCAAAGGACUGUUUCCUUAUGAUGGAGCUAAAGUACACAGAAAUGGCAAAGAGGUGUUCAUUGCGUACGCCCAGUGGAACGAGCAAAUCCAGCAGUCCUUUGAGCCAUGUUUCUGGGUGUCUGGGGAGCCCAUGGACCCCAAUGAAAAACGUCCGGACCUGGUACACAAGAAAGGUAUCUAUAAAGAUAGCGUUGGCGCAUCCAGCCCAUGGUGUGACUAUCAGCUGAGACCCAACUUCUCCAUCGCCAUGGUCGUGGCACCAGAACUUUUCACCGUGGAUCGAGCCUGGAAGGCACUUGAAAUGGCUGAGAAGAAACUACUCGGACCGCUUGGAAUGAAAACCUUAGACCCUGAUGAUAUGGUCUACUGUGGCGUGUAUGACAAUCCUUUGGACAAUGACAACUACAAUGUGGCAAAAGGCUUCAACUACCAUCAAGGACCAGAGUGGCUAUGGCCUGUCGGAUACUUUUUACGGGCCAAACUGUACUUCGCCAGGAAGCAAGGUGAAGAGACGUACGCCAAGACAGCCACCUUGGUCAAAAAUGUUCUGUCACGUCUUUAUACUCACCUGGAGAGGUCACCGUGGAAAGGUCUGCCAGAGCUGACCAACGAGAACGGCCAGUACUGCCCAUUUAGCUGCGAGACCCAGGCGUGGUCUUUGGCUUGUGUGCUGGAAGUACUGUACGACUUCUAGAAAACCUCGACACGGCCCUCUUCCCCGUGCACUCGCUCGUUAUUGUGUAGAUCAAUGUAGCGCUUUUCAGUGGUGCAUGUUGACGUCAAAAGGCAAACCCAUGCUACGCUAGAGUCCAUUUAACUGUUGUUCAGGACAUUUGAAUUCACCCUUGUUAAAUACACGUGCGCUCGACCGGAAACAUGUACAGUGGUACCUUGGUGUGUGUUGAGAAGCCAUUCCAAAAGGUCGGACGAAAAGUACAUUUAAAAAAAAUUAUGUCAACACAAAACAUAGUUCUUCGAAACCAACAAAAGUUUUACUUGCAAUAAACAAAGCGAAUUUGAAGUACGUUACAAAUUUUAGGAUACAACAAUGUGGAAAGUUCAUCCAUCAAUUCAUUUUUCGCUGCUAGUCCAGGUUGCGGAGGCAGCAGUCUAAGCAAAGAUGCCCAGACUUCCCUGGUUCCACAGGGGGGAGACUGCGGCAUCCCCAGGCCAGCUGUGAGACGUAGUCCUUCCAGCGUGUCCUAGGUCUGCCCUGAGGACUCUUUCCUUCUGGACGUGCCAAAAACACCUCACCGGCGAGGCGUCCAGGAGGCAUCCGUAGUAGAUGCCCAACCCACCUUGACACUCUACUCCGAGUCUCUCCCGGAUGACCGAACUCCUCACCCUAUCUCCGAGGUUGAUCACAGACAUCCUGCGGAGGAAACUAAUUUCUGCCACCCUGUCCUUUCAAAGUUCAUGACCAUAGGUGAGGGCAGGAACAUAGAUUGGCUCAGCUCCUUCUUCACCACAACAGACCAGUACAGCUGUGAGACGUAGUCCUUCCAGCGUGUCCUAGGUCUUCUUCACCACAACAGACCAGUACAGCUGUGAGACGUAGUCCUUCCAGCGUGUCCUAGGUCUGCCCUGAGGACUCUUUCCAUCUGGACGUGCCAAAAACACCUCACCGGCGAGGCGUCCAGGAGGCAUCCGUAGUAGAUGCCCAACCCACCUCGAGACUCUACUCCGAGUCUCUCCCGGAUGACCGAUCUCCUCACCUUAUCUCCGAGGUUGAUCACAGACAUCCUGCGGAGGAAACUAAUUUCUGCCACCUUGUCCUUUCAAAGUUCAUGACCAUAGGUGAGGGCAGGAACAUAGAUUGGCUCAGCUCCUUCUUCACCACAACAGACCAGUACAGUGACUGCAUCACUGCACCAAUCCGUCUGUCAAUCUCACGUUCCAUUCUUCCCUCACUCGUGAACAAGACUUCGUGAUACUCAAACUCCUACACUUGAGGCAGAACUUCACUCCCAACUCAAAGGGUGCAGUCCACCCUUUUACAACUGAAAACGAUGGCCUCGGAUUUGGAGGUGCUGGUCCUUAUCCCAGCAUCUUCACACUCAGCUGAAAACCGCCCAAGUGAACGCUGAAAGUCCCAGCCUGACGUAGCCAACAGGGCCGCAUCGUCUGCAAAAAGCAGAGAUGCGACCCUCUGGCCACCUAAUUGGAAACUCUCCACACCCUGACUGCACCUAGAAAUUCUGUCUAUAAAGAUAACGAACAGGACAGGUCAACGUCCACUUGUCUGACAGCGAACCAGAGUCCUGCUCCGAUUGUACAGGGACUGAAUGGUGCGUAGCAACAGACCCUGGACAGGACACUGCAAGGAACACGAUUGAAUGCCUUCUCCAAAUCCACUAGUGGAAUGGUUGAGCAGUACCCUAGCAAGGGCAUAAAUUAUAAUUGGACCACACCCUCCCGUCUCCCUUCCUUAAAAACGGGACCACCACCCCGGUCUGCCAGUCCAGAGUUGAAGAGACCUGUCUGCUACAACAUCCAGAGCUUUGAAGUAUUCGGGGCGAAUCCCAUCCUCUCCUGGUGACUGGGCAAUGUUUUAAUGACAUCAGCGACCCCAGCUCCAGUAAUGGACAUGUCAAAUGGAAAUUUCACUCCCUUUUUAGACCAGUUGAUCUGCCGUUUCUUUUCUUUUUCUCCUAUGUCCCACUCUCCCUUGUGGAGGGGGUCCGGUCCGAUCCGGUGGCCAUGUACUGCUCGCCUGUGUAUCGGCUGGGGACAUCUCUGCGCUGCUGAUCCGCCUCCGCUUGGGAUGUUUUCCUGCUGGCUCCGCUGUGAACGGGACUCUCGCUGCUGUGUUGGAUCCGCUUUGGACUGGACUCUUGCGACUAUGUUGGAUCCAUUAUGGAUUGAACUUUCACAGUAUCAUGUUAGACCCGCUCGACAUCCAUUGCUUUCCUCCUCUCCAAGGUUCUCAUAGUCAUCAUUGUCACCGACGUCCCACUGGGUGUGAGUUUUCCUUGCCCUUAUGUGGGCCUACCGAGGAUGUCAUAGUGGUUUGUGCAGCCCUUUGAGACACUAGUGAUUUAGGGCUAUAUAAGUAAACAUUGAUUGAUUGAUUGAAUUAUUUUGACCUGACAAAUCACUCAAAAACCACUGACAGCUUUUUUAAAAGCUGUCAACAGACACCCAACGUACUUUGUGUCACUUCAUGCAGUUUAUAGAUCGGGCUUUUAGCCUGGUACCUAGCACGCUAUGGGUGUACGGAUUCGUUUUGACGAUGAUUCGUAAUUUGUGGUUGCCGAUGCGAUUCAGGGACCAGCUGGUAUUUUUAGAGCGACCUGAUCCAAAACGAUUCAGUGAGUUGAAACGGAUUUAGUAACUUUUUAGCAAAACAAAUCAAGCAGUGUGAAAUAAAAGAAUUCCCGUUAUUUCCUUUAAGGGCACUAUGGAUAAAAACAAUGAGUGUCCAACUCAUUCUCGUCUUAUUUGAAUGAAGUGCAACCGACACUUAAGGUUAAACCAACACACUGCUCACAUUUUAAACACUCAAAUGUUCAGUAAAAUUCUAAGAGUACAAAUACUCGCUAAACAAAGUUCUGUUCUCCCAGGUGUGUGGAAGUCGGCCGUGUCUUUUGUAGCUUAAAGUUGUGUUGUGUAGUGUCGUUUUUUGUUGUUGUUCUGGCUUUUGCAAACGUGCUGUAGCGGAAAGUCGUUGUGUCGUAAUUAUUGAUAUUGUCUUGUGCCUUUUGCGUUUGUUGUGAGCUUUCUCGACCAGCCGCCAUUUUGUUUUGGUGACGUUUAACGUCCUAAGAUUAAUAUAAAAUCUGCCAUUCCUAAAUCCAAUGUUUUCCUUUUUCUAGUGUCGAUAAAAUCGAUCGAAUCCCUUUAUUCUCUGCAUUUGACCUAUCACCCUGGAUCACCCCCUCGGAAGUGAGGGGAGCAGUGGGCAGCAUCAUUUAUGGUGAUUUAACCCCCAAUUCCAACCCCUAAUGCUGAGUGCCAAGCAGGGAGGUAAUGGGUCCCAUUUUUAUAGUCUUUGGUCUGACUUAGCCGGGAUUUAAACUCACGACCUACGGAUCUCAGGGCGGACACUCUACCCACUAGGCCACCGAGUAGGUAUACUCUUGUUGGCCGAGAUUUUUGCUGCAAACUUUUCUUCCUCACUUACUUUUUCAAAGCGUGGGCACCAGCAUUGACUCCAUGUUCAAUCAAUCAAUCAAUGUUUACUUAUAUAGCCCUACAUCACUAGUGUCUCAAAGGGCUGCACAAACCACUAUGACAUCCUCGGUAGGCCUACAUAAGGGCAAGGAAAACUCACACCCAGUGGGACGUCGGUGACAAUGAUGACUAUGAGAACCUUGGAGAGGAGGAAAGCAAUGGAUGUCGAGCGGGUCUAACAUGAUACUGUGAAAGUUCAAUCCAUAGUGGAUCCAACACGGCCGCGAGAGUCCAGUCCAAAGCGGAUCCAACACAGCAGCGAGAGUCCCGUUCACAGCGGGGCCAGCAGGAAACCAUCCCGAGCGGAGAUGUCCCCAGCCGAUACACAGGCAAGCAGUACAUGGCCACCUGAACAUAGGAGAAAAAGAAAAGAAACGGCAGAUCAACUGGUCUAAAAAGGGAGUCUAUUUAAAGGCUAGAGUAUACAAAUGAGUUUUAAGGUGAGACUUGAAUGCUUCUACUGAGGUGGCAUCUCGAACUGUUACCGGGAGGGCAUUCCAGAGUACUGGAGCCCGAAAUGAAAACGCUCUAUAGCCCGCAGACUUUUUUAGGGCUUUGGGAAUCACUAAUAAGCCGGAGUCCUUUGAACGCAGAUUUCUUGCCGGGACAUAUGGUACAAUACAAUCGGCAAGAUAGGAUGGAGCUAGACCGUGUAGUAUUUUAUACGUAAGUAGUAAAACCUUAAAGUCACAUCUUAAGUGCACAGGAAGCCAGUGCAGGUGAGCCAGUACAGGCGUAAUGUGAUCAAACUUUCUUGUUCUUAUCAAAAGUCUAGCAGCCGCAUUUUGUACCAACUGUAAUCUUUUAAUGCUAGACGUGGGGAGACCCGAAAAUAAUACGUUACAGUAAUCGAGGCGAGACGUAACAAACGCAUGGAUAAUGAUCUCAGCGUCUUUAGUGGACAGAAUGGAGCGAAUUUUAGCGAUAUUACGGAGAUGAAAGAAGGCCGUUUUAGUAACGCUUUUAAUGUGUGAGAGUUGGGUCGAAAAUAAUACCCAGAUUCUUUACCGAGUCGCCUUGUUUAAUUGUUUGGUUGUCAAAUGUUAAAGUUGUAUUAUUAAAUAGAGGUCGGUGUCUAGCAGGGCCGAUAAUCAGCAUUUCCGUUUUUUUGGCGUUGAGUUGCAAAAAGUUAGCGGACAUCCAUUGUUUAAUUUCAUUAAGACACGCCUCCAGCUGACUACAGUCCGGCGUGUUGGUCAGCUUUAGGGGUAUGGUGGGUUGUUAUGCAGUCGUACUCCAAAAAAAUCCAGACUAAUUUACCAACGAGUGGAACUAUUUGAGCAGGUUUUCGCCAAAAAACAAGGUACCGCUGUACUGUUUUGAUUGCGGUGCUGCUUUCGUCAACGUCAACUAAUCCCGAGUAAGAGAACCAAGGCGGAGCCUGGAAUAGACGCAUGUUGCCGUGAGACCCGUACAAAAGUACUUCAUCUAGACACCGUCAGUUCACUUUCACACGCCGUGAGAACGCUCCCACAUUCCAGUCCCGUUAGAACCCGGAAGUAACGUUUCGUGAUCAACCAACCAAGUUUUAACUUCUACAAGUCUCGACAGUUUUUUAAAAGACUGACAAACCAGCAAAGUUUUGAGGUCUUACGUUUGAUCCAACGUCCUCGUUUGGUCGCCGGUUUCUAGCUGUCCGUGUGUCUCUGUUAAAUUUUGGGUCCCCUGCAAAAGGUGCAAGGCGUAAGUAUUUCUGUCCAAUACUUGAUGUUCCGUCCCUCUCAGAUCUUCCCCACAAUCUUGACAUUUGUACACAAUCAGCAUCAAUAAUCAUUUCCCCUCCUUGUGCGUAACUGCAUCUGUUGCACCUUAUGUUCUGUUUAGCCACUGGAAGAAAGUAGAGAAUGUCUAAUAUAUUCAACAUGUAUACAUACUACUUGUUUGCUCUUCAUUGUACUAAAACCUGCAGGUGAAUAAAAACAUGUGCAGUUA